AGAGGAUUUGAUCGUGCAGAUGUUCAGCUUCUUCCGCUACCCGAUGUUCGUGCCGCUGAUGGCGACCGGUGUGGUGUACGGCUACGCGUUCAGCACCUACCUGAUAACAAUUGUGGACCACGCGGUGGGUGCGGCGCGUGCCAGCAACGAAGACGGUGCCGUACUGGUCUCGGUCAUGGCCAUCGGCGACUUCUUAAGCCGACUCGGCACGGGCUACAUCACGGACCGGCACUACAUCACCCGCGAGUGGAUGCUCAUUAUGAACUUCACCUUACAGGGUGUGUGCUACUUGCUGCUGGCUAAUCUGGCCACCGUGGCUAAUAUGGCGGUGGUGGGAUUGGUGUUCGGCCUGAACAACGGCGGAACGAUAGCGUCGAUGCCAGUGCUGCUGGCCGACUACCUGGGCGACGAACAUCUGCCGCUCACGUUCGGUAUGCACCGGCUCACCAUGGGAAUGGCCACGCUCGCCAGGCCUCUGCUCAUCGGCUACUUCAAGGACAAGCAAGGCUCGUAUAACGGCCUCUACUAUCUGGUGGCCGCAGCAUGUGCUGCCGUGGCUAUCCUCUGGUGCAUCAUCGUGACCGCCGACUCCAUCAAGGGGCUCAUCCUAGGAAGGCCCGCCCACGAAAACGAUCUCGCCAUGCCCACCUGAGCGUCGCAUUUAU